GACAGUGCCGGAGCGCGAAACUCCCGCAGCUGCAAGCUGAUCGUUGACUCCACUGCAGGCUUCAGAAGAGCGUCGACAAGGCUGCGGGAAAGGAUCCAGUGAGCUGUUGGUAAGUCACCAGAACGGGGGGAGCAGGAGCCGUGAAGAAGCCAGCCUCACCGGUUCAGUUGGACAGAAAGAGGAAGUGUUGCUGAGAAGCCUGAGGAAUCUGCUCGUCUGGGAAACUGCGUUCUUCUUCCAGGAAGGAAGAGGAAGGAGGAACUGUGGCUGACCUGCAGCCAUGCACCGCUUAAGGACUACAGUGUCAAGGCUUCGGCCUUUAACCGCUGCACAGACAGCACAGAGCUGGUCACAGCACAGACUGUUGGUGACCAAAAGAGGCUUAAGGACGUUUCAGCCUGUGAGGCACCUCAAGACAUCGGUGGCCUCUGAGCCCUUUCUUAAUGGAACCAGCUCUAACUAUGUGGAGGAGAUGUACUAUGCAUGGCUGGAGAAUCCCAAGAAUGUGCACAAGUCCUGGGAUAUAUUUUUCCGUAACGCUAACGCUGGAGCUCCUCCUGGUUCGGCCUAUCAGAGCCCUCCUCCCGUCGGUGGGUCUUCUCAGGGACUAACCAGUAUCCAGGCUCUGGUGGGGGCUCAGCCCAACGUGGAGAAACUGGUGGCGGAUCAUCUCGCUGUGCAGUCACUAAUAAGAGCAUACCAGGUACGAGGGCACCACAUAGCCAAGCUGGACCCCCUGGACAUCAGCUGUGUGGACUUUGACGACACCCCGUGUGCCGUUGGUUUCCAGAACGUUGGUGUCUACGGGCUGGCCGAGUCCGACUUGGACAAAGUUUUCCGGCUUCCCACCAAAACCUACAUUGGAGGCAAUGAGAGCGCUCUGCCUCUCAGGGAGAUUAUACGCCGCCUGGAGACGGCUUACUGUCAGCACAUCGGGGUGGAGUUUAUGUUCAUCAACGACCUGGAGCAGUGUCAGUGGAUCAGGCAGAAGUUUGAGACUCCAGGAAUCAUGCAGUUCAGUCUGGAGGAGAAGAAGACGCUGCUGGCCCGGAUGAUCCGAUCCACAAGGUUCGAGGAGUUUCUGCAGAGGAAGUGGUCUUCAGAGAAACGAUUCGGCCUGGAAGGCUGCGAGUCGCUCAUCCCGGCCCUGAAGACGAUCAUCGACAAGUCGAGUCAGAGCGGAGUGGAGAGUGUGAUCAUGGGGAUGCCCCACAGGGGGAGACUGAACGUCCUCGCUAACGUGAUCCGGAAGGAGCUGGAACAAAUCUUCUGCCAGUUUGACUCCAAACUGGAGGCUGCAGACGAGGGUUCUGGUGAUGUCAAGUAUCACCUGGGGAUGUUUCACAAGAGGAUGAACCGAGUCAGCGACCGGCAGAUCACGCUGUCGCUCAUGGCGAACCCGUCUCACCUGGAGGCGGUGGACCCGGUGGUCCAGGGGAAGACCAAAGCGGAGCAGUUUUACUGUGGAGACACGGAGGGCAAGAGGGUGAUGUCUAUUCUGAUUCACGGUGACGCUGCGUUUGCAGGACAGGGUAUCGUGUACGAGACGUUUCACCUGUCUGACCUGCCGUCAUACACCACACACGGCACCGUACACGUAGUGGUCAACAACCAGAUCGGCUUCACCACAGACCCCAGGAUGGCACGUUCAUCUCCGUAUCCCACAGACGUCGCUCGAGUCGUCAACGCUCCCAUCUUUCACGUCAACGCAGACGACCCCGAGGCUGUGAUGUAUGUGUGUAAUGUGGCGGCCGAGUGGAGGAACACUUUCCAUAAAGAUGUGGUCGUAGAUCUGGUGUGUUACAGACGCAACGGCCACAAUGAGAUGGACGAGCCGAUGUUCACUCAGCCGCUGAUGUACAAACAGAUCAAGAAGCAGAAAGGAGUGCUGAAGAUGUACGUAGAGAAACUCAUUACUGAGGGAGUCGUCACAACACAAGCGUAUGAGGAGGAAGUGGCGAGGUACGAUAAAAUCUGUGAAGAUGCUUUCAAUCGCUCCAAAGAUGAGAAAAUCCUGCACAUCAAACACUGGCUGGACUCACCGUGGCCCGAGUUUUUCACGCUGGACGGACAGCCCAAAACCAUGACCUGCCCUCCCACUGGCGUCAGUGAAGAAGAGCUCAGCCACAUCGGAAACAUUGCUGCGUCGGUCCCUGUGGAGGACUUCACCAUACAUGGAGGUUUGAGCCGCAUCCUAAAGGGACGCACUAACAUGGUGAAUCAGAGAGUGUGUGAUUGGGCUCUGGGUGAAUAUAUGGCCUUUGGUUCUCUGCUCAAAGAAGGGAUCCACGUUCGUCUCAGUGGACAGGACGUGGAGAGAGGAACAUUCAGCCAUCGACACCAUGUCCUCCAUGACCAAAACGUUGACAAGAGGAUCUGCAUCCCGAUGAACUACGUCUCCCCUGAUCAGGCUCCUUACACCGUCUGCAACAGCUCUCUGUCCGAGUACGGAGUUCUGGGUUUUGAGUUAGGCUAUGCCAUGUCCAGUCCCAACGCUCUGGUUCUGUGGGAGGCCCAGUUCGGCGACUUUAACAACACGGCUCAGUGUAUCAUCGACCAGUUCAUCAGCCCGGGUCAGGCCAAGUGGGUCCGACAGAACGGCAUUGUGCUGCUGCUUCCUCACGGCAUGGAGGGAAUGGGUCCGGAGCACUCGUCGGCCCGCCCUGAAAGGUUUCUACAGAUGUGCAACGAUGACCCCGACGUGUUCCCUAAACUGUCGGAGGACUUUGCGGUGCGUCAGCUGUACGACUGCAACUGGAUCGUCGUCAACUGCUCGACUCCUGCAAACUUUUUCCACGUCCUCCGCAGACAGAUCCUGCAGCCCUUCAGGAAGCCUCUGAUAGUUUUCACUCCCAAGUCACUGCUGCGUCAUCCCGAGGCCAAGUCCAGCUUCGAUGAGAUGCUGCCAGGCACGAGCUUCAAGCGUGUAAUCCCCGACGACGGACCUGCAGCUUCAAAUCCAGAGAAGGUGAAGAGGGUCGUUUUCUGCACCGGGAAGAUCUUCUAUGAACUGACCCGAGAACGCAAAAACAGAGGCAUGGACGACUCUGUAGCUGUCGUCCGCAUAGAGCAGCUGUCACCGUUCCCGUUUGAUCUGGUGAAAUCUGAAGCUGAUCUUUAUCCAAACGCCGAUCUGGUCUGGUGUCAGGAGGAGCACAAGAACCAGGGUUACUACGACUACGUCAAGCCCCGAAUCCGCACCACCAUCAACCGCAGACGCCCCGUCUGGUACGCUGGUCGGGAGCCCGCGGCAGCUCCGGCUACGGGAAACAAACAAACUCACCUGAGCGAGCUGCAGCGUUUACUGGAUACAGCGUUCGAUCUGGAAGCUUUCUCUGGAAAAGUGUGAAAAACAUCUUUCUCUAUCCUCCAACACACACACACACACACACACACACACACAUCCAACCUGCAGAUGUUUUUACAUUUUUUUUAUCCACAUAUCAGAUUGUUCUCAGGCAAUCAAACUAAACGCACAAUGACUUACUGACCGCUGACACUGUUACCACGGAAACCUCGUGUUCACAGCGAUGGACACUCUUUUAGAAGAAAAUAAAUGAACCUGCUUGAAUUUUUGGAUUUAUGCUAAAUUUUGAUUUAAAGACAAAGAGUGUUAGCUUGUUGUUUUUUUAUUGAUUUUAUGUUAAUUUUAGUGUCGACCUGCUGCGCUCUGCAUGACCUCCUGAAUCAUGUACACGAUCACCUGCUGGAUGAAUAUCUGUCUUAACUCAUUGAUCUUUUGCUUUAAAUAUUUUGUCGGGCAAUCAAAGUACAUGUUGAAAGGAAUACUCAAUGCAUUAAAAGGAAGUUUAAUUUUUUUUCAACAACAAA